UUCGCGUUGAGGAUUAUUUUUUUCGAAAGGCUAUUUUGUGCCGAAAGCUAGAGCAUCUGUUUCGUUGUGCUUUCACGAGCGCACCGUGCGUGCUCCACACUCCACCAAGUGUUUUCUUUGCUUUCGCUGAGAAUCGAACAAAUUGAAGACAUUUCUACUGGGGUCAGCAGCUACGCUUGUGUCCGGAUCGGAUGCAUCAGGCGACGGGUGCGAGGAGCGUGCGUGCACAACACAGAAGAAACGCAAGCAAAGAAACACCUACGGUUCGAUAUGUCUAGCUAGUGCAAAAAUAUGAACGUGUUCAAUCGAGUGCUACCUAGCAUGAAUCCACAAGAGCUUAGUACUAUGGUUUGGAUGGGACAGAUUGCAUCGCCUCUUACUGAUGAAAAUAUAGCCAACUACUACGGACCACCGGUGUCUAACGUUAUGGAGGAUAUUACUCAGCAGCAACACACCGCCAUGGACAUGAACCCCGCCGCGAUAAGUUCUCUGAUGAGUGAAUACAGUGGGCAUGUGACAGCCAUCCCGACGCCGGCUGGCUUGGCCACAGUGUCGAAUGCUCCCGAAACACUGGCUCUCACUAAUCAGGACUUGUUCAAUCUUCAGCAGCAGCAGGUACAACAGCAGCAACAGCAACUACUGCAGCAGCAGCUUGCCCUGAGCGGAUACGGGUUUCUCGACCAGAACGGUGCACUAACGGCGGCGACCGGUACAGUACCUGCCGGCAUUCCCGGUGCGUCCAGCCUUGUCCCCGCCGGCGUCGGUAUGCGUCUCAUGAAUAAUGGUGGUGGUGUAGGACCAGUUGCAAAACUGUCGAUAGAUGGUACAAAUUUCUCCGGCGUGCCGUCCGCGCCGGACGAGGACGGCAACAACGAUGGCCUAGAUGAGACCGCCGAAGAUGCGGAUCAAGACCAAACAGCACUGCAAGCGUACGAACAGUACCAGCAGAUGAUCGAUAGUAGCGGUGGGAACGAUUAUCUUUCCGCGGCUGGGCAGGAAAGUUUGCUUCACUACAAGCUGCUGAACGAGGCACAGCUGUUGCAGAAUCACUUUCUCGACUACGACGUCACCCCGGACGAAUCGAACAGUAGCAAUAGCAAUGGCGGUGCAGGGGAAACGGAUGCCAUGGGUGCAAAUCAAAAGUUGCUGGCUGCAGCCCGACAAUUGCAGCAACAACAGCACCAACAACACCAACAGCAGCAGCAGGAGCAGCAGCAGCAGCAGCAGCAGCAGCAGCUACUGCAAGAUGGUAGCAACAGUGGAGCGUCCUUUCCCCUGUCACUGUUCGGCGAGCCGAUGCUGGGAGGUAGAUGCCCUACCAAAAAAAUUAAACCCGUUAAGCGACCCGGCUUGGUGCUGAAAACUCCGAUUGCAUACAAGGGCGAUAUCGAUCCUUCAGUGAUUCCCAUAGCGCGCGAUGGCAUGGCUAUCUGCGAAAGGUGUGGUGCGAUCGGAGUAAAACAUUCAUUUUACACUAAGCAGAGACGCUUCUGCAGUUUGUCAUGUGCCCGGUCAUUCGAAUCGCUACGUAUCUACCAUCAGUUCCGCAUCGUAGACGGAAGCAAAAUAUCGAACGACGAUUCCAGAAAGCUCCCAGCGUCGACAGCCGGGUCUUCCGAUAUUGCGCUCCUCUCGACACCCCCCGAUCAACUGAUCGACGACUCUAAUUCAUGCGCCAGCGAGGUCGACUGCAAGCACACAUUGCAACCGCAACAAUUGCAACUGCUGCAGCAGCAGCAGCAGCAACAGGAACAAGUACAAACGGUGGGUUAUCGAUUCAAGAUGUCCGGAACGACGGCAACUGCGAACACCGGAAGCAACGACACUAAUAACAAAAGCGGCGGAAAUCAAGAUGGCUGUUUGGGCAGUAACGGUUUGAACCAAGGCGAAACCAAGCAGACCCCACAGGAACUAGUGCCCCAGGAGAUCAUCCCUCAGCUACCCAAGGGCAAUCGGUUGCCUUCGCCUUGUCCGCAGGACGAACGUAUUCAGAGUAUCCGUCGGAAACCAAACGAAUUCCACAACUCGUACGAUUGGACGCAGGCACUUGCGGAUCCGCACUUUUUUGCCGCCCCGGUCACUUGCUUCCGGCAUGCACCCGGGUAUGACAUGUGGCCAAACGUGGUAAUCGGAAUGAAGGUAGAGGUGGAAAACACCGACUGCGACGUACAGCAAGCCCCACUGGUGGGUGGGACGCCGCACAGCUUCUGGGUAGCGACGGUACUGCGCAUCUGUGGCUACAAGGCACUGCUGCGCUACGAAGGCUUCGAUGCAGAUGCUUCCAAAGACUUCUGGGUUAAUCUGUGCUCGGCCGAAGUGCAUCCGGUUGGAUGGUGUGCUACACGCGGCAAACCACUGAUUCCACCGAAAAGCAUCACCAAACCGUACCCGGAUUGGAAAGAAUUUUUGGUGGAGCGACUCUCCAACGCUCGCACACUGCCAUCGACGUUCUACAAUAAAAUCAGCGACAGCUGCAAGUCACGGUUUCGUGUCGGACUUAACCUGGAGGUUGUGGAUAAAAAUUUCAUCUCACAGGUGAAGCUAGCAACAAUUAACAAGAUUGUCGGAAAGCGGCUAUACGUGCACUAUUACGACCUACCGCCAGAAGAGAAUGGGUUCUGGUGCCACGAGGAUUCACCACUGAUCCAUCCGGUCGGUUGGGCAACAACCGUGGGGCAUAAUUUGGCUGCACCAGAGGAGUACAUGGAACGGAUGAAUGCGGCUAGUGACCAAAUUCUAGAGCCACACGAAGAUGACGCUACGAUGGACCUGUUUAAAACCAACUUCCAGUUCGAAGAGUACUGCUACGACGACAGACAGACCGGAUUCGAGGAAAACAUGAAGUUGGAAGCGGUUGAUCCGCUCAACCUUUCAUCGAUCUGUGUCGCAACCGUUAUGUCGGUGCUCAAGUUUGGCUACAUAAUGAUACGCAUCGAUUUCUACGAACCAGACAUGAACGGAGCCGAUUGGUUCUGCUACCACGAAAAGUCACCCUGCAUCUUUCCGGUGGGGUUCUGUGAGAAGAACAAAAUUACACUAACCCCACCGAAGGGCUACGACCAUAGCACCUUUACCUGGGAACAGUAUCUGCUAGACACCAACAGUAAACCAGCCACACCGGAGAUCUUUCACCGGGAUCCAAUUCGGCAGCGCUUUAAGGUGGGAAUGAAGGUAGAAUCGGCCGAUCUGAUGGACCCGCGGCUGAUAUGCGUGGCCACAAUAUCGCGAGUAGUGGGCCGUUUGUUAAAGGUACACUUUGAUGGUUGGGACGACGAGUACGACCAGUGGCUGGAUAGCGAAAGUCCUGAUAUCUACCCGAUCGGCUGGUGUGUGCUGGUUGGUCACAAGCUAGAAGGACCACGUAUUCUUCCAAAGGUGCUUCCGGCGCAGAAAAUUUCGCCCAAAACAACGAAAAAGGGCAAACGGAAGAAAAAGAUGAAAGUUGAACCACCGCAAGAUGAUUCGCAACCGGCCCCAACGACACGAACAGCGCGAAUUAAACAAGAGCAGCAACAUUUUGAGCAACAGAAAUUAUUAUCAAACACCGAGCAGCUAGAGUAUAGAACUGGGGCGCAGAUGCUUCCAUCUUCCGGGAUGGGCACUGCGUUGGCACAAGAACAGUAUUCCGGAGAUCCCAAUGCGUUAUUGAUGGGUAAUCAGCUGUCCCUACAGCUGCAUAACCAACAGAACGUGCAGCAGCAAGGUCAAAUUGGCAUGCCGAGUACUUCAGCGCUUCAUACGCUGAUCAAACACGAACCAAAUCACGACACGACAUCGGCCGCGCUGUUGAGUGGGCCCGGUGCCCUCGGGCCGAUCUUCGAUCAUUCUUCGGCUGGAGGUGUUGGAACUCACCGAGGAGACAGCUUAAUGGACACGGACGAGGCCGACAUGCGCACGGAAGACGAGGACGGCGAGUCGAGCUCAGCCACCGGCCACCCGUCAACCGCACCGUCGUCCGAGAUUGCGGACAACGAGAUGGAUAAGACAAACCCACGACUGCUCAACCGGCACGAUUCGCCCAAUGUUGGUGGGUCACCCGACUCGAUUGGUGGUGGCAUCGUUGGUGGCAACUCUCACGGCAGCAGCAAUAGUUCGGGCAAUGGUGGAAGCACCGCUCAACCAACGUCUGCCACGUUCGGCCUUGGAGGGGUCAGUGGAAGCGUUAGUCAAAUAACGCCCGAAAACUGGGAAGUGAAGGACGUCUCCAUGUUUCUCACCACCAACGAUUGUAGCGUGUACGCGGAGCAGUUCGUGCAAAACGGCAUCGACGGCAAGCGAUUACUGGAGCUCAGCAAGGACGAAAUCAUUACGCUGCUCAACCUGAAGGUGGGUCCUGCGCUAAAAAUUUUCGAUCUCAUCCAGCAGUUGAAGAGCAAACUUGACUCAAACAAAUCGCGUCACCAUUCGAAAGCGACGGGGAAAAAGUUUCUCUAGUUGUACUUUCGUCAACAGAAGAGGAAAAAGAAGAAAAAGAUUAAGUCCGCAGAAAGAAGGAGCUGGUGUGAUAAACCUUCCAAGCGAACCCAGUGCAAGGGAAACGGAAAACUACAUUGGUUAGAUAGUUUUGAGGAAUAGCACAUUAUUUUUCUACAUUUUACUCAGCGUAAGCAUCAUUGAUCCUAUUUUUUUUUUGCUCAUGUUGCAACCUUGCACCAAAAUUUGUGGCAGAGCCAUGUCUGCUCGUAUCGUAU